GGCUGUCUGACCGGCUUCAUUCAUUCAGGACUUUGGUGGGGCGACUCCAGGACCCGCCGGUUUUGCUGCUGCGUCACUUCCGUCAGGAGGUCUUAGUCUGACCUGCAGGCUUUUUCAAAGCACCUCAAGGUUUUGUGGUGAAUUUUCUGAUUUUGGACGAGUGUCGCCGGAAGAACCCCGACGAGCCAAGAAAGGGCCUGCAUCCUGAAAGGCUCAGACCAUGAAUUACGUGGGGCAGCUGGCGGGCCAGGUGUUUGUCACCGUGAAGGAGCUGUACAAGGGCCUGAACCCCGCCACCCUGUCCGGAUGCAUCGACAUCAUCGUCGUCCGCCAGCCCAACGGGAGCCUGCAGUGCUCCCCGUUCCACGUCCGCUUCGGCAAGAUGGGGGUGCUGCGCUCCCGAGAGAAAGUGGUUGACAUAGAAAUCAACGGGGAAUCUGUGGAUUUACACAUGAAGCUGGGAGAUAACGGAGAAGCCUUUUUUGUUCAAGAGACCGAUAACGAUCAGGAAGUGAUCCCCAUGCACCUGGCCACCUCCCCCAUCCUGUCGGACGGAGCCUCGCGCAUGGAGUGUCAGCUGAAGAGGAACCCGGUGGACCGGGCGCGGAGCCUGGACCCCGGCGCGGCGGCCCCAGGCCUGCCUCCCGGCGAGACCCCCUCCAGCGGCUCCCUGGUGAAGAAGAGACGGAAGAGGAGGAGGAAGUCUCAGCUGGACAGCCUGAAGAGGGACGACAACUCCAACACGUCGGAAGACGAAGACAUGUUCCCCAUAGAGAUGAGCUCCGACGAGGAGCGGGACGCGAUGGACAGCAACAGAACUCUUUCUAACGACAUACCUCCAUUCCAAGAAGAUGUUGCCAAGGAAAACGUGCCCCCCGUCAUGCCUUAUUCUCAGUCAUCAUCGUACCCUAGUUCCGACAGAGAGUGGUCACCCAACGCCAGUAGCCUGGUAGAUUGCAAAAGGACGCCCCCUCACGUAGCCGUGGCAGCCGAGGGCCUGCUCUCUAGCUCUUGCCCUCCACAGUCGUCCGUCCUGCACGCCCUGGAAAGUCCUUCAGGUUCCCGCCCUUCGACACCUAAAAGCGAUUCCGAGUUGGUCAGCAAGUCGGCGGACAGAACGGCGCAGAAGAGCAACCUGGAGAUGCUGUGGCUCUGGGGGGAGCUGCCCCAGGCCGCCAAGUCGCCUGCACACAAGAUGAAAGACUCCAGCCCGCUGAGCAGCAGGAAGUUCUCGGAGAAGAUGCACUUCCAGGCCAUCCACAGCGAGCCGCCCGAAGCGUUUAGCGAGCCGUCGCCGCCGCUGGCCGAGGCGCCGUCUCCGCAGCCGCUUUUGGAGCAGAGCAAGCCUCAGACCGAGAUGCAGUUUGUGAAUGAGGAGGACGUGGAGGCCUUGGGAGCUGCAGCCCCGCCCCUGCCUGCCACCGAGGAGCCCAAAGCCCUCUCCGCCCUGGCGGCGAGCAAGACGGACUCGCCGUCUAGGAAGAAAGACAAACGAAGCCGGCACCUUGGGGCGGACGGCGUCUACCUGGACGACCUCACGGACAUGGAUCCCGAAGUGGCCGCCCUGUAUUUUCCCAAAAACGGGGACCCUUCUGCGCUCCCCAAACAUGCUGACAAUGGAGCCCGGUCCGCCAACCAGUCCCCGCAGUCCGUGGGCAGCUCUGGGGCCGACAGUGGUGUGGAGAGCACCUCCGACGGCCUGAGGGACCUGCCUUCCAUCGCCAUCUCCCUCUGCGGCGGCCUCAGUGACAACAGGGAGAUCACCAAAGACGCGUUUUUGGAACAAGCCGUGUCGUAUCAACAGUUUGUGGACAACCCCGCCCUCAUCGACGACCCCAACCUGGUGGUAAAGAUCGGGAACAAGUAUUACAACUGGACCACGGCAGCCCCUCUGCUGCUGGCAAUGCAGGCUUUCCAGAAACCUCUGCCAAAGUCUUCAUGCCUAAGUUACCUUCAUGCGAUUUUGGACGCCAUUAGGUUUUGCUUCUCGAAAAUUUUUAAUUCACACGUCGCCACGGUGGAAGCCAUCAUGAGGGAUAAGAUGCCCAGGAAGGGAGGAAGAUGGUGGUUCUCGUGGAGGGGAAGGAGUACCACGAUCAAGGAGGAAAGUAAGCCGGAGCAGGGCCUGGCUGGCGAGAGCCACAGCACCGGGGAGCAGCCGCCGCCGCUCAGCAUGGCCACCAGAAUGAAGCAGGAGUCGUCCUCCAGCGAUGAGGAGCACUCAGCUGCCAGGCCGUCCAGCGCCCCCCUGCUGCCCCUGAUGUCCAACGUCGGCUACAAGAAGACCCUGCGGCUCACGUCGGAGCAGCUGAAAAGCCUGAAGCUGAAGAACGGCCCCAACGACGUGGUGUUCAGCGUCACCACCCAGUACCAGGGCACCUGCCGCUGCGAGGGCACCAUCUACCUGUGGAACUGGGACGAUAAGGUGAUCAUCUCCGACAUCGACGGCACCAUCACCAGGUCAGACACUCUGGGCCACAUUUUGCCCACCUUGGGGAAGGACUGGACCCACCAGGGCAUCGCGAAGCUGUACCACAAAGUGAGCCAGUAAGUACAGAGCGGGUCCCCCGCCCCCCGACUCCCGCACGUGGAGCACGGGAUGCUGACUGUGGGUGACUGGCCGGGGGGCGUGCCUCUGCCUGGGCGUCAGCGGGGGUGGCGGAGGGAACCCCGAGGUCAGAACCCAGAGACAAGCAAGGAGUUGAUUCGUGAGCCCAGACAGCCCGCGUUCCUUCACUGCCCAGUGGUCCCUGCGUGCCCGUGGCGUGCGGGCCCUGGGACGGGCGGGGGGACGAUGAGGUAGGCACGGUCUCUGCCUCCCGGACCCCGUGCGACUUGGUCGUGGGUGAGUGAGUCCCGGCCAUUUCUUUGGGUGUCACAUUCGUGGUCGCCCAGAGAUGCUUAGAGGAAGGGUUCGCAGCCGGAGACCCAGGAGAAGUGGCCACUGGAGUUAGGGUUGGCUGUUCCUCUUCCCUGGCACUGCUGACCUUGAACGGGGUCCCUCUUAAAUGUGGCGCUGCAGGCAGGCGAAGGGAACCCGGCCUGGGAGGUCGCCGCUUGCCCAGAGACGCAGAACGCCCGGGAGUUCUCCUUGUUUAUUUUUUGCUGAACGUAAUGACUUGUCUGAUGUGGUCAGCCCGUGAGGAAUGCGCUGUAGCUGAUUGCACCUGGCUCACAGAGGGUAUUGAUUGCAAAAGCUUGCUUGGUUAUUGAUUAAAAAGAACUGUAGCAGGUACAAAGGGAAGGCACGUGAAACUCUCACACGUUCAAUAGAAGAAUGUUUCCUAAAAUACCUAGGCCGCUGAGCGAGCGGGUGCUUCGGGGGCCACAUUUGAACGAGAAUUGUCUGAGUUUCUGCCUUAUUCGGUGUAAAUUUUUUAUUCCUGUCACCGGAAGUCAGCAUCUGAGAGUUAGCAGGAGUGAGUGUCACCGUGUCCUCAGAUGGACGAGCCCGUCGGGGCCUCAGGUGGGAGCCCUCUGCAGCCGGGACACUGAGAAGGGGAACUGACUGUUCCCAGGCUGUCGCUCCUCUCCCCUCAGGCCUCGUGGGUUCCUGCGGUCACCACUCCACCAGUGAGGCAGGGGCCUGUGACCGGGAGCAAUCGGGGCCCCUGGGUUCCGGGGUGACAGCGCAGCUCGCUGUGGACACUCGGACCUCAUCCCCACUCCCAGCUUGCGAUCUCAUCUCUGAAACGAGGACACAGGCUGGGCGACCCUGAGGUCACUGCGAGCCCAGACUGACCUGCUGCCGGGCUGUGCGGCUGCGGGCAGUGCAUGUGUGGACAGCUGGGCGCGGCUUGCCCAGCCACACGUGGGUCAGAACCCCGAGCAUUUACUAGUAGCUGAGGUCGCCAGCCGGCACCAGCCACUGUGCCCGGAGCUGUCCUAGGUGCGGCGCCUCGCCCCUCAGGGAGCCAUGACCGUCAGAACGGGCAGCAGGGCCCCGGCACAGGUCACGGGAGGUGUGGUGAGCAAUGCAGAGCUCACAGACAUCCAGGCGCAGACGGUAACUCUGCUAACUCUGUCCGAGGGAUCAGAGCUUCAGUGGGUGCCCUGAGCUGAGCCUGAGGGGAGGGCAGGUUUGAGAGGCCCGCUCGUCUCAUCGCAGGUGGCAGUAGCAGUGAGAGGAGGCGGAGACGGGAGCAGGUGGAGGGGUCAGGGAAGGCAGGCUCCGGCGGGGGCGGGGUGUCAGUGAACCGGGAGGGUCGCGGGGCACCAGGUCGCAGAGGCCUGGCGCAGCUUUCGGGGGAGAUGUCCCUGUUGCCCACAGGCGUGUCCGGAGCCGGUUCCGCUGAGCUGGCGAUGGCCCCGGAACCAGAACACUGUGUGGCCAGAUCAAACCGUGAAACGCGUUGAAAGCACGUUCGGAUAAAUCAGGAUCUCGGACCCUGCCGGUGGCAGCUUGUGGGACUCGGAUGAGAAGAGCUAUGCACAGAAAGUGAUUGUUUUUUAAAAGGGUCUGCAUUCAUCAGGCAGCUAAAAUGCGAAGAUGUUUCAUUGGGAAGAUUGCUUGAUGUGCCAGACAAGCCGACACUCCUAGAUUCCCGUUGUCUCACAGCGUCCUGCGUCUUGUUUUAAAGGACACGUUGUUAAACCAUCGGAGACCAGCCCUCCAGCCUGGGGGCCAGGAGGGGUGGGAAGUGGUGGUUUGUCUUUGCUCAUCCACAGGUUU